UUUGACUGCCCAUGGUGGGCUGGUCUGCUCCACCAGGGUUACAGACAGCAGUAUAACAGCAGUGUAACUCCACCCGAGCAGCACACACGAUCAGUUUUGGACAGAAACAAGCAAGUUAGACAAGCGUACUGAGUAAAUAUGGGGUUUAGAGGAGUGGGACUGUUACUCUGCAUGGUCUGUGUGGCACACUCCUCUCUCGAACAGAGCUCUUCCAAGAAGAAGAACGGAAAGAAAGAGUCUGCUAACAGUGCUGCCAUUGAGGAGCUGAGAAAAAAGAUCGAUGAGAUCGUCCAGGAGUUGAGUCUACUGAAGGAAAAGCAAGCUCUACAAACAGUGUGCCUGAAAGGCAUCAAGGUUCCAGGCAAGUGUUUCCUGGCAGACCCAGUGAAGAAGAACUUCCACACGGCCAGUGAUGAUUGCAUCGCAAAGGGUGGCACCCUCAGCACUCCUGCCAACGGCGAUGAGAACGACCAGCUCUACGCCUACGUCCGCCAGACCAUCGGGCCUGAGGAACACAUCUGGCUGGGCAUCAAUGACAUGGUGAAAGAGGGGGACUGGGUGGAUAAGACAGGCACCACUGUACGCUUCAAGAACUGGGAGACAGAGGUAACCCAUCAACCCGACGGCGGACGCAGCCAGAACUGCGCCAUUCUCUCCAUCCCUGCCAAUGGAAAGUGGUUUGAUGACAGCUGUCGUGCUGAGAAGGCCUCUGUGUGCGAGUUUAACAUUGUCUGAGCUGUAAUGUUUGAUCAAUGUAUCAUCACUUCCUUUAUAACAUGUAAGGAAUGAAUCAGUAUCGGUGCAUGAUGAAUAUACUACUCUGUUAAUUGCAUCUUUACUCAAAGCUCUUACACCUAAAUCCUGGCUUCAAACUAAAAUUUGAAGAAAAGAAGGGUAGGUCACUCUUAGUGAAUGUUCAGAUUUACGACAAUGAGCUGAAGGUGUGGCUCGCUCAUUGCAUAAUAAAGGUUGGAGUAACAAAGUACAAACCUAAAUUCUAAAACAGUUGGGACAGUAUGUGAAAUCCUAACAGAAGAGAAAGCAGUGAUUCUAAAUUUAAAGUUCUGAAUUCUCAAUAUUUUGUGUUUUAACAUACGAACUUUUUAUUGUUUUUUGUAACAAAUUUGAUGCCCACAACACAUUCUAACAAUGUUGGAACAGGAGUAUGUUUACCAUUGUGUUAUAUCACAUUUUAACAACAUUUGAUAAUCAUUUUUAGCCUGAAGACACCAAUUGAUCAUGGUUUAAAAGCCUUCUGCCUUCAAACAAGCCUUCAGCAGCACAACUGCACAUUGUGUCAUAUUUCAUGCUUCAUAAUGCAGCACAUGUUUUCAGUGGGAGACAAGUCUGGACUGCAGACGGGCCAGUCGAGCACCCACUCUCCGAUUGCACAAGCAUGCUGUUGUUACACAUACAGACUCUGGCCUGGCAUUGUCAUGUUGAAAUAAGCAUGAACAUCCCUGAAAAAGAUGACAUCUACAAGGCAGCAUACGCUGCACCAAAAUGUGUAAAUCUUAAAGUGUUAUUAGUGUUUUUGCAGACAUGCAAGUUACACAUGCCAUGGGCAUUAAUACAUCCCCAUGCCACAACAGACCUUGGAUUUUGAACUUUAUGCUGGUAACAAUCUGGAUUAAUCUUUUAUUCUUUGGCUUUGAGAACGUGACAUCCAGUAUUUGCAUAAACUGAAAAGUUGACUUAUCAGACCCACAAUACGUUUCCACUGUGCAUUUCAGAUGAGCCUUAGCCCAGAGAAGUUGGCAGAGCUUCUGGACAUUGUUGACAUUUGGCUUCCACUAUGCAGUACAGGCUUAACUUGUUCUUAAGCCUAUAAGGUGACAUCACGGAAGCAUGCUGUUUUUUAAUGCAGUGCCAUCUAAGGGCCUAAAUGUCAUGGACAUUCGGUUGUAUGCAUUGCAGAGGGUAAAAGACCGAAAAUCUUUGCAAUCUUUUGUUGAGGGAUGUUGUUCUUAAAAUGCUGAAUUAUUUGCUGAUGGAUUUAUUGGCAAAGUGGUGCACCUUGACCAAUCCUUGCUACAAAGCACUAGGUCUUUCCUGUAUGCUCCUACCCAAGCAUGAUUACAUCACCUGAGAUGAGUUUUGAAUAUUAAACUGCCCCGCCCCAACUUUUUGGAAUGUGUUGCUGGUAUCGAUUUCAGAAUGAGAGUAUUUUCACAACAACAUAGAAACUGAUAAGGCACAUUACAUAUCUUGUCUUUGUACUGUUUACGCUUUAAUACAGGUCAAAGUGGAUUUACAAAUCCAUGCUUUUUGUUUUCAGUUGCAAUUCCUAUGCAGUCACAACUUUUUUUGGAAUUGAGUUUUUUAAGAAAACACUCUACAACAAUCACACUGUGGAUUAUUACACUUACUAGUAAUAAACAUGACACAAGCGCUGUACUCAAAAGUAAGCAGGAUCAGAAACACAACAUAAGCUAGUUUUAUGCCUAGUAGUUCUAGCAGGCUCUAUGUGUUUAUAAACAAAUGUUAUGAAAAAUGACAGUCUGAUUUGAAAUAAAAUGUAAAUGUAUUUUCAGCGUUUCUUUAUUUCAGUACUGUCAGUAAUAAAAGCAAAGUUUUUCAUUCACAACACUUCCAUUUUCAUAUACAGCAUGAAAGAGGAUUUUGUAAGUGUUUGUAUUCAUGCAGAAUUCAUAAUGUUUAUUACCAGGUCAGCAGGCCUGCUUCCUGCCCUUUUACUUUUUUUAGUCGUUACAUAACUUGUGUACACUGCUGGAAGCACAAUAAAAUAUUUGUUGGUAGUAAGAGUGAACUUUUCUGCACCCCUACUCUUAACUUCCCAAAAGAUAAGAUUCCAAACAAUUUAUCACAUAAUAACUACUAAAAGCAGAAAAAUCACAGUAAUGAAACAAAGUACUUCAUUUCACACUCAGAGCCAGAGUUAUGUAAUCUAGUUCUGGUUUCUCCCAAAAGACUUUACAAUCUGCUCUGCGCACAUUCAGCAACAUGUGUGACAAAU